UACUGAUCGGAAACUCCGGGCUGGGACCAACAAUGCGCUGUGUCUUCAUAAGCUCUAGAUGAUUGUUGGCAGUAAGGAAGCUGACCGUUGGUCUCAUCCGUCCCUGCACCUGGCCAGGUGUGGCACAGAGUAAGUGCGCGUUACAAUGAGUGAGAUCAAUAGCUCGUCUGCUGCUCUGCCAUCAGAGGCCUCAAAUGAGAUCGUGGACAUAGAGUGCCUGAUUGAAGGCUCAGCACACAGUAGGCCUUCACUAAGGGGGGCAGGAAGGAUUGUCCCGGCACCAAGGUUGGAGGGCUGCGCGCUGGGAGCCGGUGGGCCUCGCCGAGGAGGGAGAGAACCGGGACGGAAGAUUCAAGGUUGUGGGGCAUGGCAACUGCUGAUGUCACAAUGCCCCCAUUUGCCUGGAUGCGUCGGGCUCCUGGACCCCUCCGAGGCUGGCAGAGGGCAUGGCCGGCAGCAGCGAGAAGAUCACCGGGGAAGUGGAAUCCAGGACCAGGGGGACAUUUGCGGACCAGAAAUAAGCACGGGGCAGAAGGACCACCAAGAUACUGGCGGAGGCAUGGGGCAUCACCGAGACCUGUCAGGUAUCUGGGCCUUGAAUGUGAAGAGGAACUCUUUAAUGAUGGAGGUGAUUGAAGCAAGGAAGGCGAAGAGAGACAAAGAACUCACAGGGAACAUCGGGCUUCCCCUGAGUCUGCUUGAAAAGCACAGCCCGUGGCCAGCCUAUGUCACCUACACGUCCCCGAUGGUGAAAAAACUCAUUGAGAAAAGCAAAGCCAGGGACCUGGGUUCUAUGCAAGCACUUGAAGAAAGCCAGCGGGCCUCAAGGCAGAGCCAACCUUCCGGCAUCGCGCAGCCGAAAAGGAGAAAGUCAUCUAAGUCCUCCGGAGACGCGAUGUCCAAGGACAAGAGGUCAGAGACCAUGUUAUCGGUAUGGAGCACGUAUUCGGUGACGAGCCUGGGGCCCGCCGUCAUGCCCGAACCGAUACGCUUUCAUACGGAGUCCAGAGAAAACCCCACUGCAAACUAUAACAAGAUCAUCUUCUCUCGAAAACCUAUGAUGAGGAUCCUUCCAUACAGCUCACUUCUAGCCAACAAGGAGACACAUUCGAAUAUUUAGCAGGGAAUCCCUGAAACCACCCACCGCUCUCCCUUCCCAAGACGGUACAGCAACGAAGCUCCAUUUGUCACCAAUUUUGCUACGUCCUCUGAAUGUGAACUUGCCCCUGCUUGUGCAAAGGUUGGCCGGAGACAAACCGGAUCAGAAUGUGGGCCGUGGGUGGGGGGUGGGGGGUGGGGGAACCCUCUCCAGCGUCACCAUCUGGUAGGGAUGGGAAGUGCCAUGUUCUAGUUCCUGCCGUAGAUGCUUAGAACCUAACUGAGGGUGAAUCAGUCCUGGCCUAGGCAGGAGACAGAAAUCACCCCGGUUGUGAUGCCAGCGAUAAUGUAAUGUGAAGAAUUACUAACCAGGUGGCUGAAAAAGGCAGGGGGGAGGCCACACAGGCAUUAGGGGCGGUAGCACCUGUAGGAAGCAGUUUUCACAAGGCUGCACAAGGGAAGAUAUCGGACUUGUUAAAGUUAGGCACUUGGAGAAGGGGUGCGCGGGCUGGAUCUCAGAUUUCUGAGAUGCGGGGGACAGGGGUGCUCCUCAGCAGGUUCCCGGGGUCUCUGAGCUCGGAGAAAAGUUCCUGCGGGGCCGGUACCUCUGAAUCUGAGGAGGAGAAGGUCUCUGGCUGAGGCGGGCUCCGUGGUUGCUGAGAAAACGAAAACGCUGGAGUCCAACGCUUCUUACCAAUAGAGUCAUAUCUGUGAAGCAAUGAACACCCACCUCGCUUCCCUCCGCAGAGGCGUAGAGGACGUGAUGUGCAAGUCGCUAUGAGGGCCAUUCGGAGAAGCUGGAUUGGCCAUCCACGUGGCCACUCUCUGCAUACACGAAUCGUGCAGAAACGUCGGCACUCACCUCUGGCUGCCGUGAGUAGUGUUGGGAGAGCUGCACAAAUGAGGAGUUCCGGACCGAUUCCUGGGGUAUCCGACCUUGGCCAGAACCAACUCUUGCACCAAUAUAGGUGGUUUCCAGCUGAA